AUGACAACUAAAAAACUAUUAAAUAAGCCUCAAAAAGUUGCUGAUGAAUCCAUUGUGAAUUAUCAAGAAAAUUGGAAAAACAAAAACAGACUUGACGAAAAUGUGGAUCCAGAUUCCACUGAAGAAGAAAUUUCUAAUGAUAAUUCUUUAAAUGUUGUUAAAUCAAUAAAAAAUAAUGAUAAUGAAACUAAAACUUUUAAAACAGAUGAAUCUAAAGAACUUAUUUCAAAUCAUACAUCGGAGUUGAAAUUUUUAUCAACCCCUGUUGCAAUUUCCGUCGAAUUACCAACUGAAGAAAAUAGUAUUUUAUUUAAUAAAAAUUUUAAUUUCUCUGAGCCAAAAUUCCAUUCUACCUCUGAAACAUAUCCUGAUACAUCAAAAUCGUCAAAUAUUCCGGGUAAAGAAAACGUAGAAAAUAGUUUUUCAAUAGUCUGA